ACCACCACCUCCACCCCACCCUCACCCUCACCCUCACCCUCACCCUCACCCUCACCCUCACCACCUCCACCUCAAUCACCAAAAAGGUCGCCGCCACCACCUCCACUAUCACCUUCAACUUGUAAGCCUUCAAGUAUCGUUAUAUGUAGGGGCCAAAGAUAUUCAACUUACACUUGCUCUCCACAAGUCAAUUUUUCAACAAGAGCUCGUUUAACAUACAAAGAUUUCAACAAUCAUAAGAGUGGUCCAUCAUUAUGUGAUGGAAAGUAUCAUAUGGACUCUGAGAGUGUAGUGGCAUUGUCCACAGGUUGGUAUAAUAAUGGAUCAAGGUGUGGGGUGACAAUAAAAAUUACUACUAUUAAUGGGAAAAGCACGACUGCUAAGGUGGUUGAUGAGUGCGAUUCUGUGCAUGGGUGUAAUAGAGAGAAUGGAUUUCAACCCCCUUGUGGGAAUGACAUUAUUGUUGGAUCUCCAGCUGUGUUUAGAUCAUUAGGGUUAGGGCUCGUUAAUGAUCCUUUUAUUUGAAAAUGUGACUUGGUCCAU